AUGGACCAGAAGUAUUCGGAAGGCCUAUCCCACAAACUGAUCUGGGCUUGUCAUGAUGUGACUGGAGACCCUGUCGAUGAGCUUAUGACCAACAUCGGCACCAGUUUCUACAAAUUUCUCACCAAGUACGAAUUCAACAAGGUAAUCGUUCGGAACCGGCUGCCCCAUCCAUCAAAUCGUCCGUUUUCAAGGUUUUGCGAGUCCUCGGCCGCACUUUCCCACAAUUUCUGAACGGUUUGGACAAUUUGCAUGAAUAUCUCCGUUUUACGUUUCCCAAACUCAAACCGCCGUCAUUCUACUGCGAACAUGAAAGCCGUACCGGUUUGACACUUCACUAUAGGUUAGUGCUUUGACAGCGGAAGACGGAUGGCUCGUCAUGCGAAACUGGUUUUUCGGGGCGUCAGGGAAGGAGGGAAGGAAGAUUCAAAACAUUGAGGGGACAUGCAAACGCAUGUACUUCUUCGCAAAAUGUCGAGGGAUGAACGGAAAAUAGUUCAAAGACCAAGUGUAGUUUGCUGCUUGUUGCGUAGUGUUUGUCACCGGAUUUUCGCUACCGGUCGGUUUCCUUUGUGUCAGAAUGUUGCAACUUGAAGAUGCGAAUGGAGUGUGAAAGACAGCCUCCGGCACUCUCGCCGAUUGUCCUGUUUGCAAAUGUUUGAGGGUUCUGACAGACCGAAAUGUUCCUCGCGCGUGAAACUUUUUUGAGUGGGAAUAAGGGGGGAACUUUUUUUUUGUGUCGCGUGUCAGGUCAACAAGACGCACUCUCAUAUGACCUGGCCUAGAAUUGUGAGCGGAGGGUUCAGAAAAACCCUCUUGAUGAAACAUUGUUGAAAUGCGAAUCCAUUUCACCGCGGGGGAUCUGUCAGGAAUGCCAUUACAACAGGCUUUUCCCAUUUUCCGACUACAACGAUUGAAAGCUGAGGGACCUAAUGGCUGAAGGCUUCUUAACUAUAAGACAAAUAGGAUUUGAUCUCUUGAUGACGUUUUAGAUAAAUCGCAUUUUAGAAGUAAGAGACGAGGAUUUCUACAUUACGUGAAGGGACAAAUCCAAAACAUUGCCAAAGAGCUGUUCCAAACGGAAGUUGUUAUCGAGUUGUUGGACGUUGAGCAUGAUCUCAAUUUGGAGCACGUCAUCAUGAGACUCCAUUUCAAUAAUCUCGAUUUUAGUAGAAAGGUAUCAAAAAGUGUGUUUCAAUAAAUUGCACUCCUUUGCAGGAUACAUACCGUAAUCUGAACGACUCGAUUCUGGAGAAGGUCAAAAUUACAUCCGACAUUUUUUUCGACAUUUUCCCAUUCAUCAUUGUGUUCAAUCGAGGAAUGCGAAUAAGGUGCAUGAUGAGCACAGUUUACACAACAACGCCUACGCUCGCUCCGAAUUGUUUUCCUUCUCACCAAAAAAUGUUUGGCAUACCGCUCGUGAGCGGUGCAUUUCAUUCCGUCUGAAUGUGGACAAGAAAGGAAACAAAUUGGAUUGAUCGGAAGGGAACGGAGCCUGUUUGUUUGAGCAAUGACAGACUUCUCUUUUCUUGUUUCACAUUUUAUAACAAAUUCCGACUGUUGCAGAAACAUCGGGAUCGGGUUGUUGCGUGUGAUGGCCGGGGUUGUCGGGAAAAAGAUCAAUCAGGCUUUCCUACUGAUGAGACCUUUUAUCAGGUUCCGCUGGGAAGAGGUGUUGUUCAAAAAGAAGACCCUGUACACGAUGUGUUGAUUCAGAUAAUGCUCUAUUCGAACAACAUAUUUGAGUUGAUAUCCACCGAACCCAUUCAAGAUGACGAAGACGGACUGCUCGUGUACAAACAUUCGGAUAUUGACCAGAGUAAGAUUCCCCGAUGAAUAACAUUUCUGAGAAACCGCCACGCAAUUUGGCCAUGAAACAGUUUGAUGCGGAACUAUGAUUCACGUUAGACCUCCUUUAUAUGACCUAGAGAUUCAGUGACCGAAGAAAGACACCGAAUGGCUGAUUUGGAACGCGAAAAGUUUUUGACACUGAAAGGACAAAUGUUCUACAUGGAAGAAUGGGAAAGCAUCUGUUUUGUCGGUAUCCCGGUGUUAGUCAAGGAUAACAAUCGAAAAGCACUGGUUUUAAACAUUUCAGAAUGAGUCAUCUCCCUCAAAUGCACAAGUCUGGACUUUUCAUUAAUGAUUUUGCACUCCAUGACUCGAGCAGAGACUUGGUGCUAGCGAGCACUCAGCAAUCUGCAGAACUCAAACUUCUUUUGCAUCAGGUUUUCAAAAAAGAUGACAUUAGCCGUCAGUAAAGUGUCCGUUUCGUUUAGGAAGCGCAAAAGAGUCGUAACAUGCGAGAGAACAUGAAUCGCCUUAAAAAAGAGCGACGGCGCACUGACAGGUUGCUUUAUCAAAUGUUGCCGAAGAGUGUGGCUAAUCAGUUGAGAAAUGGAGAGAGUGCGGUUGCGUGUUGCGAGGUAUCAUUUCAAAAGUGUCUGGAAGGGACUCAACAACUCAACAUUUCAGCGAUUCGAUUCCGUCACGAUUUUGUUCACUGACAUUGUGGAAUUCACAAAAAUGUGCAGUUCAUUGACACCUCUUGAAGUGAUCGAGUUCCUUAAGAUCGCUUAUUCCAGUUUUGACAGAGUCAUUGACGAGCACGGUGUUUACAAGGUACCAGAAAAGAAGUUCAUGUAGAAGAGAUAAAGUUUAGGUUGAAACUAUCGGAGACGCAUACAUGGUUGUCAGUGGCGCACCAAACAAAACGGACCAUGACGCCGAGUUCAUUUUAGACUGUGCAUCUCAGUUUCUGGUCGAGACAGCGAAACUGGUGAACACAAGUGAAAAGAUACCAAAAAUUGACAUCCGUGCUGGAGUUCAUUCUGGCGCAGUCGUGGCCGGAGUCGUUGGUCUCACUAUGCCCAGAUAUUGUCUUUUCGGGGAAACUGUAUACGUGGCCAACAUGAUGGAACAAAAUUCCACGGUAGAAAUAAGAAAUGUUGACAUGAGUUUCAAGAUAACUGUUUUAGCCCAUGAAAAUAUUGGUGAGCGAAACGACGCACAACAAAAUCGAAGAAUCCGACCCUGGUCUGUAUCAAUUUGAACGAAAAGAUGAGAUUGAAAUACGAGUAAGUUGAAGGAAUUGUCGAAAAUUGUGAACUGUGAACCCUUUAGGAGGAUCAGUCGAUUCAAACAUUCUUUGUCGUGUCACGUCAUGGCCCACCAAGAGUCCCGUCACCCAGAAACUGUGAAAGCCAGCUAGAUGACUCUCAGGCUGAAGAUGAAGAAGACGAUGACAUGUUGUACCCACCUGUAAGCCCUUUUCAAGUUUCGUCUUCUAUUUUUUCAUUCAGAAACCUGGUCGGCAAUCUCCAACUACUGAAGCAGCGGAAGAACUCAAAAAAGGAGUUCAACUAUCUUUCACACCAGUUUCGGACGCCGGCAUUGAAACUUACUCUCGGGCUUCCAAUCGAACACCCCGGAAGAGCAAUGAUACCACCCCACGCAAAUCAGUAAACUAA